AUGAGUGGAGGCGAUAUCACAUUUAAGCUGACUAAGAUGCCUUGCGGCACGUCUUCACUCGGAAUUCGCGUGAUACCCAACAAACAUAAUAAAGAGUUUAAAUGGCACACACUCAAUAAUAACGAUUUGAACAAUGAAAAUGAAAUUGGUACGAAGGCGAACGUUUUAGAUUAUACGAUUACGACAUUCCGCCUGCAAGCUCAAAGCCAAGAUUUCAACAAAAUUAGCUGCCCUACCCCUUCUUUCAGUGGUCUAAUAUGCUAUUCUCAGCAAAAACAUUCUCAUCGUAAAUGUGGCGUAACUUGUAUGUCCAUUAUUGGAGGUGUUUUUGGAAGUAUUGCUGGAGGUAUUAUAACAAUUAUGAUAUUGUCACGUUGUUGCAGAAGCAGCGUUCCUCGUAAUAUUGAACCUAUUAAGGUAUAUGAUACCGUUACGUGA